AUGCCGCCUCAACCACAUGACGGCGAGGAUUACAGGCCUCAGGAUGCCGUCAAAACUGGCCUCCGAGGCACUUUCGUCUACGGCGCUUUUGGUCUGUUCGGUGCUGCAACCCUUGCAGCCGUUCAGCGGAAGCGAGUAGGCGUGUUGGCUCCCAUAACAAAAUACGGCGCCUUAGUCUCGGCAACCGCUUUUGGUGGAGGCAUGUAUGACUUUGCGAGAACCGCAACCUCCAACCUCCGUCAGAAGGAUGACCACAUCAGUGAAGCUGUCGGUGGUCUUCUCGGCGGCGCUAUUUUAGGCCUCGCCGUCCCCGGCCCCACGAGGAUGCCUGUUGUCGUCGGUUUCGCCGCAGGCACAGCAGUAACCCUUGGCACCUACGCCUACACCGGCAAGAGCUUGAGGGGAUGGGGUAAAAAGGAUGAUGUGAAGGACGACUUCGAGCGCAAGGAGGAGCUUCGCAAGAACCGAAGGAGACCCAUUGAGGAAACUAUUGCGGAGUUGGGCGAGGGCAGAGGAAUCCACCCUCCUGGAUACGAAGAGCGCCGGCGCCAGAGGCUGAAGGAGAAAUAUGGUGUUGAGAUUAACCCGGUAUCCGCCGAUCCUAACGCCGCCUAG